AUGCAAUUGCAACUUGGAGCAGAAGUUAACAAAUACGUACUUUAUCAUAGACUUCCUGAUGGGGAGCUAGUACAAACAACCAGCGAGAUCUGUGAUCCAGAAGAGCUUCUCUCAAUCUGCUUAGAAUUUGUUCCAGCUCCAACCAAUGUGAUUAAGAGUGAAGAGGAUGCAACGGCGCGACCAUCUACCUCAGCAUCCACUAGCGAACCUCCAGCUAAAAAGGCGAAGAAG